AUGAAAUACCAUAGAACCACGAUUAAAGUCGAUUUAAGUUUCCUUCCCACUACAAAAGACAGUGUCCCUGUAUUUUUAGAACCAAUUCUCCAAUUCAUUGAAGACAACAUUACUGAGGUUGGAAUAUUCAGGUUAAACGGAAGUCGUGCUCAAGCUUUAUUAAUCAACGAAACAAUUUCUCAACAUGUUCCUACCAUUCCCCCAGAAAGUACAGUUUAUGACGUAGCUUCAUUUUUGAAAUUAUGGUUAAUGGAAUUACCAACCCCAUUAUUACCGCCAUCCAUCGUCUCCACGUACUAUGGCCCUGAUAUUACAAGAGCAACUAUAGACGUUCUUUCUCAUAUAAGUCUAACCGCCAGACUUUGUAUUGCACGAAUUUUCCACUUAUUACAACAUGUAAUCGAAUGUUCAGAUAAGAAUCAGAUGACUUUCGCUAAUUUAUCUCCCUGCUUUGUUUAUGCCUUCACUCAAAAAUUUAAUGGUUAUCCAGGUGAUUUUCAAUUCCAGCCAUUUUUCGCAAAUGUUUGCGCCCAUCUCAAUGAGGAUGGUACAGACUUUAAUUUAGGACUAAAUAAGUCUAUACCAUCGGUUCCAACGGCUAGAAGGAUGACCAAGACCUGCUUAACCUCAAUGCAAAGAAGAAAUGUGGGCUAUAUUGAUAAGAAAGAUAUUUUAGAAGCAGUUCCUAAGGAUGAAAAAGUUAAUAAUCUGUUUUGA